AGUAAAGUUAUUACUUUUUUAAAAUAUGGUGGUUUUUUGGCGUUAAUUGCAUAUCUGUUUGAAGCUAAUGAAGUAAAGUGCGACUCAUACGUUCUGACACCGACGUUAUGUUAUUCUGUUAAACGCAACGACUACCAGAUGGUAAAAAAACUUUUGGAAUCUGGCCAUGAUCCCAACGAAAGGCACGAGUUGGGCUGGACGCCUCUUAUGGUGGCCGUAGCAAUUGGAAAUAUUGAUCUUGUGAAACUUUUACUCGACAAGGGCGCUGAUGUUAACGCGGAGGACAAUUUUUUUUUACCAAAUUUUAUUAGAGAUAUGAAAACUUUGACUAGUAUUUUACGUGUACGUCUUUCUGAAUUUAGUUCAGAAAUUUCUCCGAAAAGCAACACAAAAGGCUUUACAGCCUUGCAUUUUGCUGCGUUAUUGCAUCAUCUCGAGAUUGUAAAACUUUUGUUAGAGAGGGGAGCUAAUCCGCUUAUUCGAACUGCCAGCGGCCACUUAGCUGUAGAAUAUGUGGAUCCGCACUCAUCUAAAAAUGGCGUAGAAAUUUUAAAGUUGUUAGAAUCUGCCGCUACUGUGUACGCCCUUCGUCAGGAACAGGAAGAUUUAGAAUUAAGAAAAAAAUUUCCUCUGGAGAUGAGAUUAAAAAAUUAUAUAGUUGGCCAGGAGGGAGCCAUCGGGAUUGUGGCCGCAACGAUCCGCAGAAAAGAAAAUGGAUGGCAGGAUGAAGAUCGUCCUCUUGUUUUUCUUUUCCUUGGUUCCUCAGGAAUGAAUUGGUAAAACGGAGUUGGCAAAGAGACUCGCCGAGUAUAUUCAUAAAAGCAAGCCGGAGGCAUUUAUUAGAAUCGACAUGUCGGAGUUUCAGACGAAACACGAAGUUUCCAAAUUUAUCGGCUCACCGCCCGGCUAUGUUGGUUAUGAAGAGGGCGGUCAGCUUACUGAAAAACUUCGGAAAUACCCGAACGCUGUAGUCCUCUUUGAUGAAGUUGAAAAAGCCCAUCCCGACAUCCUCACAAUUAUGCUGCAAUUAUUUGAUGAGGGCCGCCUGACGGACGGGCGAGGGAAAACGGUCGUUUGCAAAGAUGCAAUUUUUAUUAUGACUUCCAAUUUAGCUCAAGAAGAGAUCGCUGCUCACUGUCUCCAGUUGAGAGAAGAAGCGCAAUUAAAAAAUGUGGAUGCUUUGAAAAACAUUAACUCUGCAGAAUUUUUUUCAACGAAUCAAACGGAUAUUGCUACUCCUGCGCUCUUGCAAGUCUCCAAGGACUUCAGGGAUCGCGUGGUCAGACCGAUUCUUAUUAGCCAUUUUAGGCGGAAUGAAUUUCUUGGGCGAAUUAAUGAGAUUGUGUACUUCUUGCCGUUCAGCGAAAAAGAGCUUGAAGAGCUUGUGGAAAAGGAAUUGCAAAAGUGGAAAGAAAAAGCCAAAGCCAGGAACAAUCUUGAGAUUUCCUGGACUAAAGACGUUAACAAAUUGCUGACGGCCGGCUACGACGUGCACUACGGAGCCAGAAGUUUGAAAUUUGAAGUGGAUCGAGCGGUUGUAAAUCAGCUGGCGGCCUUAUGGGAGCAAGGAGCCGUAACUAAAGGGUCGAAGGUCGAGCUUUACGUUGAAGAUGGGACAUUGAGAUUUAAAUGCAGUAAACCGGCAGAGUCGAAGGGAUGGUUCAGAUAAAAAAAAAUUAAAUUAGAAAAAACUUUUUUACAU